GGGAGGGAGUGUGAAGAAAGAAGUCGUAUUGGAAAGAGGGGAAAAGGGGAGAGGAAACAACGAGGGAGGGGAAAAGGUCAGGGACACGGGGGGGGGUUCAUCGCACUGCCAGAAAUAAGGAGAGUGUCUACGCCAACGGUUUGGCAGACGAUACCAAGGAGACGAAGUGAAAUAAACCAACAACCCGUUUCCCCAACACUGACUUUUCCCCCCGCUAGGACUACUUCGGCUUUCGACUUCUUCCAAGUCGUGUUUUGGUGAAAUCCCGGCAACACAGAGUGAUUUUUGGACCGUGCGUAAUUUGGAGAGUUUAUUGCACUCUGCGUCAGGAUGCGCGUCUGUCCGCUGCUGGUUUUCCUCUGUCUGCUGUGCGCUGGGCGCGCUCAAAAGUUCUCUGCUCUCACGUUCCUGCGGGUGGAUCAGGAUAAGGAGUGCAACAUGGAGUGCAGCGGAGCUCCUCGCAAGCCCCUGUGCGCCUCCGACGGCAGGACCUUCACAUCUCGCUGCGAGUUCCUCCGAGCCAAGUGCCGCGACCCCCAGCUGGAGGUCAUUCGAGGGCCAUGCAAAGAUACAUCCAGAUGUGUAGCAGAGAAGAAGUACACGGAGCAGCAGGCGAAGAAGCUCUUCCCACAGGUCUUUGUGCCUGUAUGCAACCCUGAUGGCACAUAUAGUGAGGUUCAGUGCCACAGCUACACUGGAUACUGUUGGUGUGUCACCCCAAAUGGUCGACCCAUCAGCGGCUCAGCAGUGGCCAAUAAAAAACCUAGAUGCCAAGGUUCAAAACAAGAGAGAGCUACUACAAGAGAGCCAGGUAAAGCAGAUGAGACUGGCCUCGUGGUGGAUCCACAGCCUGCAGGCGAUGAAGAAGACAUCAUUUCACAGUACCCCACUCUGUGGACGGAGCAGGUUCGCAGCCGACAGAACAAUAGAACCAGAGCACCAUCCUCAUCAUGUGACCAGGAGCAGCAGUCUGCCCAGGAGGAGGCGAGGCAGCACAAGAACGAUGCCGUAUUUGUACCAGACUGUGCCCAAGGAGGACUGUACAAGCCAGUCCAAUGCCACCCUUCCACCGGUUACUGCUGGUGUGUGCUGGUGGACACGGGACGGCCCAUACCUGGGACCUCCACCAGGUAUGAACAGCCAAAAUGUGACGGGAAUGCCAGGGCCCACCCAACUAAACCUAAGGACCAUUAUAGAAGCAGACAUCUCCAAGGCUGUCCUGGGGCAAAGAAAACCGAGUUCCUGACAAGUGUUCUUGACGCGCUGUCGACAGACAUGGUGCACGCCGUCACAGAUCCAGCAUCCGCCGGAAGAAUGGCCGAGCCCGACCCCAGCCACACCCUGGAGGAGAGGGUGGUCCACUGGUAUUUCAGUCAGCUGGACAAAAACUCCAGUGGAGACAUUGGAAAGAAGGAGAUCAAGCCGUUCAAACGCUUCCUGCGCAAGAAAUCCAAGCCAAAGAAGUGCGUGAAGAAGUUUGUGGAGUACUGCGACAUCAGCAACGACAAGGCGCUGUCUCUGCAGGAGCUGAUGGGUUGCCUCGGGGUGACCAAAGAAGAAGGGGCCAAACCAGGAGAGGGGUUAUCUUCCAGUAAACUAAAUCCCUCAAGGAAGCAAGGCUAAGCCAGCAUCUGAGAUUUCCCCUCCUGCCUGGAGAAUCUGCCCUCAACAAUCGGCAAUAACGGAAACCAUAGUAUUUGCACUUUGUACUUUAAAAGAAAAUGUAAAUUCACUUUGUAGAAAUAAGGUAUUUAAACAGACUGCUGAAUCUGUGAAUGAUGUAGUUAGCCUUUUAUGUCCUGACAAACACAAAUUAUUUAACACAUACAAUGUAUGUGUCCUUUGUGUGUCUAAAAAGUAUACUUUUCAUGUUCGAUGUUGCUUUUUGUGCCCCUUCCCCCACUGUACUUUUCUCCUCACGUUGAUGAUGGUAAAGUGGAUAUAUGGAUAGUUUGCUACAAUAACUUAGACCAUACCAUCUCUCAUGUACUGACUUAUAGCAUUUAUUCUUGUGCAUUGUACAGCAGUUUACAAGAAUGUUUUAAACAUGCGGCAUAAAAACAUCCUACAUGCUCACAUGUAUCCAUGUUUAUUAGAAAUAAAGACUUCUUUUAUACAUUUGGUU